AUGCACUCAAAAUUUUAGAAAGAAAUAUUGCAAUUUUAUAGAUCAGUGAUAAAGUGGGCUAACCUUAAGCCAGAGCCUGCAAGAUCAACAAUUAAGUAGUAUGCUUAAAAUGAAUACAGAAAGAAUUAAAAUAUUCCUAAAAAGAAGUUUGAUAGAGUAUUAUUUAUAAAAUAUAUUAGAUUGAAUUUCUCUUUAGAUAAGGAAAGAAUAAAUAUGAAAUAUGGAAAGUAAAAAAUUAUAAUAUCAUAUUAGGAUGCAAAAAUUGACCAAAUAUAAAUCAAAUGA